AUGAAGAGCACUCCGUUGAUCAUCAAUUGGCACGACCAAAACGCCCCCAUCUACUCGGCACAUUUCGAGUUACAUGGAAAGGGUCGACUAGCUACGGGAGGAGGAGACAACAAUGUUCGGAUAUGGAAGGUAGAGGGAGAAGGUGAAGACCGCAAGGUUGACUACCUCUCAACCUUGUCCAAACACACGCAAGCUGUCAAUGUCGUUCGAUGGGCGCCCAAGGGGGAAAUGCUAGCUUCAGCCGGUGACGAUGGCAAUGUCAUCCUUUGGGUGCCAUCAGACACGCACCACCCGACCUUUGGAAACGAAGGGCUGGAGGAUAAGGAAACGUGGCGGACGAAGCACAUGUGUCGAUCGUCGGGUGCUGAAAUAUAUGACCUGGCCUGGUCACCAGAUGCCACCUACUUCAUCAUCGGCAGUAUGGACAAUGUCGCCCGUAUAUACAAUGCUGGAACGGGCAAUUUGGUGCGCCAGAUUGCAGAACACAGCCACUACGUCCAAGGCGUUGCCUGGGACCCUCUGAACGAGUACAUUGCCACACAGUCGUCGGAUCGUUCUGUGCACAUCUACUCGCUGAAGACCAAAGAUGGCCAGUACACGUUGACCAGCCACGAUGAGAAGACGACCAAAGUGGCCAGCCAUGCCAAAAUGGACCUUCCUCCGCGGCGUAUCUCGUCAAGUAGCCCAGCCCCCAUGGAGACGGGCCUCGGUGGAUAUCGAGCUCAGCUUGCAGCCGCUGCCGCCGACACACCCAUCGCCUCCAUUGGCUCGCCUGUGCCAUCGGCACCUGGCACUCCUCUAUCUGUGCCGCUGCCCAUGAAUCCGCCUAGCGCCGUCAGUCACAGCAGACGUUCGUCGUUCUCGUCACGCAGAUCUGUCUCCCCUGCACCGUCAUUGCCGUUACCCGCAGUAAUGCCCAUGGAGCCGUCGCCGAAGCCGAGCUACAGUCUGGGUUCAAAGAAUGCCAGUCUGUAUGCCAACGAGACUUUGACCUCCUUCUUCAGACGACUGACUUUCACGCCUGAUGGUAGCCUGCUAUUGACCCCUGCUGGACAAUACCAAAUGACGCAUCCGGCCGAUGGGCAGAAGUCUACAUCUGAGGUCAUCAACACUGUCUACAUUUACACCCGCGGUGGUAUCAACAGACCUCCCAUGGCACAUCUGCCGGGACACAAGAAGCCUUCGGUUGCCGUGAAGUGUUCCCCUGUUAUCUAUACGCUCAGGAGCAAGCCUCCUGUGACAAAGCACAUCACUAUAGACACGUCGUCUGACGAGGAUCCCAUUCCUGAACUUCCUGAGCCCAUUUCCAAACCCUCGCCGCUUCCUUCAGUCAUGGACCCACCACCGCCGCCAACCUCUGCCGCAUCUGAGUCUGAAAAGGUUACCACCCCCUCCAAGGUUUCAGACGCGAACGUGGAAACGAAUGCCAGUACCCCUGGGCCAAAACAAGCAUUCGCACUGCCAUAUCGGGUGGUGUACGCGGUGGCCACGCAGGACUCGGUUCUUCUUUACGAUACACAACAAUGUACUCCCAUCUGUGUUGUCAGUAAUUUGCAUCUGGCAACCUUCACUGAUUUGGCUUGGUCAAGCGAUGGUACGACCUUGUUAAUAUCAUCUUCGGAUGGGUUUUGCUCCACCCUAUCCUUUACGCAAGGUGAACUAGGUCAAGUCUACACUGGCGAGCUGCUGCCGUCUAAGACGCCAGCAUGGGCUGGCGCCGGAGUUUCCUCCAACCAGCUCACCCCGACCCCAACGCCGACGUCUGUUUUUGCGCCUCCAUCCCCUUUUCACGGCCCGGUGCAUCAACACAGAAACUCGGCAGGCUCCUUUGCGGCGCCAUCGCCCCCUCCUACCGCCUCGUUUGUCAGUAUGAGACCCUCAUCACCGGCUCGGUCGAAUAGUACUUCUUCGAUAGCCACACAGGCCUCGACAGCGGCCAUGACCAACCCGCCCUUGAUUGGAGGCAGUAUACCCAGUCUCGCAGCUGCCAACUCUGGUAAGGUGGUUGGUGUGCCCAUUAGCACUCCUCCUGAAACCCCCAGAAGCGGCAACAACUACGUUUCUACGGCUGGCGUAAAGAGGGAUGCUAGUGAAAGCGAGAAGGACGAGGGUGCAAGCAGUGCGCCAUCAAAGAAGAGACGCAUCGCGCCAACGCCGGUCACCGAAGCGCAGCCAUAA